AUGGCCAUGAUGCCCAUCACCCCGUUAGAACCGGGCGUCGAGAUGUUCGAGAGGGGCAAGGCAAGAGAUUCCUUCUUUGCCUCAACCCUCACAGUACGCUCGUCGCUUGAACGGCCAGUGUCGGGGAUAAGUGUUGCAUAUACCGACAUCGAGGACGACUCUAGUGAAUUUGAAGAGUACAGUGGCUCGUCUAGCGAUAACAGACGGAGCCAGACCACAAUCUCAACUUUCGAAGAGGUGCGUACACCAGGAGACGACAUACGACCACAGUAUGUCGAUUGGUACCUGCCAAAGGCUGUAGAAGGGCCCAGAGGUCCGCAUCUCUUCCGCGCAUCCCAUUCUUCCAACGACUUCGACUACGCCUUGCAAAUGUCACCACUUCUGCCAAAGGACAUGCCAUCCCCCUUUCCAACCUCGUUUAGAGAACCCACUCCCGCUACAAUCGUUCCGCAACAAGAGUACAACAACAUUGCAUCAGCGGUGGCACAUUUAGACAACAGUGAAGUGCGUGCCUGGUGCUCGCGCGAUGUUGCUACCUGGAUGUACCAGAAUGGGUUCGAAGACGAUGUGAUUGACAAAUUUGUGACUCACGACAUCACUGGUGCAGUAUUAUUGGACCUGCAAUUCGACGAUCUGAAAGAGCUGGAAAUUCAGUCUUUCGGCAAAAGGCAUCAAUUGUGGCAUCAAAUCGAUUCUCUACGUACGGCAGAUGGCUUUGCCUUUCCUAUCGCUCCUGCUCCGAUACCCACCCCAUUCGAGGAUAUCGAGCGCCCUUGCACCGAGGCUAGGGACAGAUCAAAGAGCAAGAAUCGCGGUGGGCGUCGCCGACGCAAUCCUGCAGAUGAUCUGAUCACACCUGCAGAGUCCGUCUCCAUCGUUGCCAUCGAACAGCUAUUGCCCAAGCCGCAUGUGUGUGCCAAAGGAGAGCGUUGCGCCAAGUGGAGAAAACAACAGCGUCAACUGGCCAGACUUCAAGACGAGCAUGGGUUCCCAAUCUCACCAGAAAAGGGCGGCAAAAUAUUCAUCGCAGGAGAUCCUGGUAACGCGAACAUCGCAUAUCGCGCUGUAGAGAACGUACAUAGACCGGUCUCUGAAGCGGCGCCAUCUGUGAUCGUACCGUCCGUGGUAGCAUCUUCCGACGUACUUGGACCGGGGCAACUGCCAGACUUCACCUUGCAGGAUCUUCAGAACCUGGAGCAAUGCGACCCCCAAGACAAUGUGCGACACUUUCUUUCACUCCAAGGCAUGGAUCACCCUUACGCAACGGCCACUCCGAUUGAGGCUCCGCCAACACCGCCAAUGGACAUGUUUCCUGCUCGUCCCCAGCUGGUCAUACCACAGACACAACACUAUCCGCAAGUCUCAGCUUUCUCUGCAUCCACGUCUGCCCACACUAUGAGGUUCGACCCGGCAACACUCCCAACCCCCGUCCUGUAUUCUCCAGAAACCACACCAGCCCCGCACUCGAACCUCAGGAGUCUCCCAAAAUUGACGAUACCACGUUCCACAUCCGCCCACCCGCAGGGCAACGGACGCCAUGCUGUACCACAGAGCUCGUACGUUGCACCAGACACCGCCUUUUCGCCAGCUUGUGAAACGGCCGUCUCGGGCGGCAUCUACCGAUUUGGUACCCCAGCCUCCAUGAUGGACGUACCGGUAACGGCCGUCCACGUAGAACCUGUGGCUCGUGACACAAGCCAAUCUGUGCCACCGAACAUGCAGUACAAAGUCCAACUCCAGAGGACUGGAUCACGCAACGAGCGACGCCGGCCGUCGUUGACCAUGCCGGCGCUUAAUGAGAACCAUGUGUUCACGCCAACAGGUGCACACUCGGACGAUGACACGUACCGUGGAACGCAGUUCUUCGACAAUAGCCCUGCAUCGUCGCCCACAAAGGCCACAGAGCCUGCAGGCAUCCAAGAGGCCGAAGACCAGCUUGCGCCGCUGCCCAAGGGCGGCUUUGCAUACAAGGGUGUGAACCACCAUGGCUGGAUGAAGAAGCGUAAGACAAAGAUGUUGCGCCACGAAUGGCAAGACCACCACUUCCGCCUCAACGGCACCAUGCUAGCCAUGCACCCCAACGAGCUGCCGUCCUCAUCGGCGCUGCAAACCAUUGACGUCGACGACUACGCCGUCGCAUGCUCGUCGCUCGCCUCUAACAAGCUGUCCGCCAAGCUGCGCGCCCUCAAGCUCACAUCGAGCAAGCGGGAGGAAGUCCUGGCCAAUCCGUCGGCAUUUGAGUUCCAGCUCGUGCCUACCGUUGGCGAGACGAAGAGGGUCAUGCCGCAUGGCAAAGUGCACCACUUUGCCACCAAGGGCCGCGAUGAGCGCAUCGACUGGAUGCGCGAGCUCAUGCUCGCCAAGGCCCUCAAGGCCAGGGCCGAGGGCUACGAGGUCACUGUCAACGGCGCUGGCGUGUGA